AAUCACAAAUUCUGUCUCUCUCUCUCACCAAAACAUUUUCACACCCAAACACGCCUUAAAUUAAACCCUAAUUUCCGGCAAUGAGACCCGCCGGAGCUCGCCGUCAAAAAGACUCAAUUGCCGGCGACCACCGCAAACCCCCGCCUCCCACCCCCACCUCCUUUGACCCUUUUCAGUACAACUUCUCUAACCGCGAUUCCGACGCAAGUUUAUGCAGUAGCCGCCCCUCAAUCGCCUCUACCACUCGCAAUCCUUCCGUCCCCAUUUCCGACAAAUCAUUCCAGCUCUCCGCUCUGCGAACGGUUAAUAACUACCUCUCUCUGCACUCCGCGACUUUCUCGCUCAAACCCCCUUUGCCGUCCGCAAAGGACAUUAUUGAAACGCUUAAGCUGAUUCUGAAGAAUCUUGAUUUUCCGAUGAGUGGGGGGAAUAAGUUUGAGGAUGAGUUGUUUGGGGUUUUGAAGUAUUUGGGGUGUCCCGUGAAGGUGAAUAGGUCUGCGUUGAAGGCCCCGGGGACCCCGCAUUCUUGGCCUAGUUUGUUAGGGGUUAUGCAUUGGUUGGUCCAGAUAGGGAAUUACGAUGAGGUUACGAGAGGGAAUGGGUUGGAGUAUGAGGAGAAUGGGAUGUUUGAUUACGCGUUGAGGGGGUACUUUCAUUAUAUUAGUGGAGAUGAUGAGAGGAUGGAGAGUGAGGAUCAGAUGUUUUUGGAGAAGUUGACGAAUGAGAGGAAUGUGGUGGAAGAGGGUGCGAGGGGAUUGGCAGAGAGAGUGAGGGAGUUGGAGGGGAAGUUGGAGGGGUUGAAGAAUGGGCCGUCGGAGAAAGAGGUGUUGGAGGAGCAGAGGAAGUUGUUGGAGGAAGAUGUGAAGAAGUUUUAUACAAUGAUCGAGCAGUUAGAUGGGCAUAUUGUAAAUGUGCAGAAGAGUUUGGAGGAGAAAGAGAAGGAAUUGGAGGCGAAAGUUGAGGAGAGGAAGAGGAUUUGUGAGGAGAAUGAGGAGUUGAAAAGUAGGGUGGAGGAGCAGGGGUUUAAUGCGAGAGAUGCUGAGAGGAUGAAGAGAGAGUUGCAGGCUGUAGAGAGGAACACGGGGGAUGCUGAGGCUGCAAGGAGUGCGUGGGAGGAGAAGUCUUGGGAACUUGAUAGUGAGAUUGGGAAGAAGUUUAAAGAACUGGAGAGUUUGAUGAUUGAAUGCAACCAAGCUAUCAGAAAACUAAAGCUUGGAAAUGGAUUCCAGUACGAGCUGAAUGCAAAAGUUUCCACCCCUGCGGAGGUGCUAGGGAUAGACUACAAAUUGAAGCUUAAACCUGUACUUGCUUCAUUGGCUGAGGAGACCAAGAAAAGUUCAAUGGUGAAGUUGGAAGAACAGAUAUCUCUUCAGAAACUUUUUGUUGAAGCUGCAAAUAAGAUUGAAGCGAAAAGGAAUCAUAUUGCCGCCCUUCAAUUCCAUAUUGAUGAAGUGGAAAACCAAUUGAACUUGCUCAGGGAUGAAACUCAGGAGCACAUUUCUAGAUGCAUGAUGGAAGCUAAAAAGUUGGUGGAGGAUGUUAAAGCUGAGGAACAAAACAUGGAUAUUGUCGAAAAAGAAGCCACUGAACUUUUGAGGACCUCUCAAAUGAAGUGUCAAGAAGUAAAUGCUCAAAGUGAGGAAGAAGUUCAAAUGUGUGCACGUGAACUAUUGGCAUUGAUCGACUCUGUUUCAAAGUUCAAAGAGUCCAUGACAUCAACAAUUUCAGAAAUGAAGGAAGAUUAUCUUAAAACUGUCAGUGUGAUAUCCGAAAUUCACAAGAGCUCCUUGUGAAAAUAAUCAAAUGCCAAGAGACUGUGGAGACUGUGUUCAUGUUUUACAAGUAGUGGUUGCUUUAGGAUAGACUACUCAACUUCUGGUAUAUGAAUAUUUAUUUACUUUUUUUUUGGAAUGUGGUGGUUUUUUUGUGUUGUUUCCUCUGGCACCGGUAUCUUACACUUCUCAACUUCUGUGAUCUGAUUAUUAUUAUCUUUUCUUUUUC